AUGUCGGCGAUGCAAGCGGCCAACAAGCUCCGGACGGCCUUCACCAAGGGUGCCGGCCCCAGUUUCGGGUUGUGGCAGAUGAUUCCCGGCGCCAACGUCUCCCGGGUGCUUGCCCGGAGUCCCGGCGUGGAUUGGGUCUUGGUCGAUUGCGAGCAUGGGAACAUUGACGAUGGCGCCAUGCACGAUGCCGUCCCUGCCAUUGCGGCGGCUGGUGUAUCUCCCAUUGUGAGGUUGCCGGACAUGCAGAGCUGGAUGGUGAAGCGUGCUUUGGAUUGCGGUGCUCACGGGAUCCUCGUUCCGCUGCUCCGAACCGCCCAGGAGGCAAAGGACCUGGUGCAGUCGGCCAAGUUCCCGCCGUGGGGACGACGUGGGUUCGGGUCGCCUCUCGCCAUGGAACGCUUCAGCCCGGCGCCCAGCAUGACGGAGUACCUGCAGCAGGCCAACGACAGCCUGCUGACGAUUGUGCAGAUUGAGACCAGGGAGGCUCUCGAGUCCAUUGACGAGAUCGCGGCGGUGGAGGGUAUUGACGCGCUCUUCAUUGGCCCCUUUGAUCUUGGAAACAACAUUGGCCACCCAGUGAUUAACGGCGUCAUCGAAAAGGAGCUGAGCGAUGCUAUUGAGCGCAUCCUCGAGGCGACGCACAAGGCGGGUAAGAAGGCCGGCAUCUUCUGCACGAGCGGCGAACAGUCCAAGUUCUUCGCGGAUAAGGGGUUCGACAUGAUUAGCGUGGCGACGGAUUACACGGCAUUGCAGUACACAGUCUCGGAGUCAUUGAGCAUAGCCAGGGGAGGGGCGAAGCCGGCCAAGGGUGGAUCGUACUGA